CGGGCCGGGUCUCUUCGCAGUGCGCGCCAUCAGCACGACGAUAUCCGCUUGAGCAGGCGGAUUCAAGGAGCAAUAAAGGAAUGGCGCAAUAAACUGCGUUACUUGACCGAUCAUGUGUGCGCUAGUGUCUUCCCAGCUCACACGAGCCCUGCUGGACGAAUGGCAACAUCGGUUAGCGAACGCAAACGCCUUCGAGGAGAUCAUCUCCGUGGCGCACGAAAUUUGCCGACUCAAGAGCUCUACCACCGACGAUCGGUCGCUAAACACACAAGGACUGACCGAUCAGCUGUGUUUGUUGUUGAGCAACCGAGCACCAGUCUCGGUACGCAAAGUAAUAUGUAAAGCAUACUUCAGGGUGAUGCUACGGGAACUGGAUAGCACCACAACGAAUACUCGAGGAUCUUUCGAUCCGGCACGGCGGCCGAUCCCAUUGCAAGCGUUACCGGCGUUACUCGAACACACCUUAGUCGGUGCCGACGAGCCGCUCGAUAGCACAAUCGUCUACGGUAUACUACAGUCCAAGUUUUUGCCCCAAACGACCGUUCUGUUUCCCCUCCUGCAACAGCAGAUCGUGACACGAACGGUCGAGCAGUUCACUGGAUAUCGAGCCGGCAGUUUUCCGCAGUGGUACGGCACGGUUAUCGAGAAUUUGAUCGCACUUCACGAGACGCAUGCCCUUCCCGCACUUGUGCAGGACUAUGAUCAGCUUUGGCCCCAUGUUCUGGUCAACCUCGAUUCACCGUACGCUGGCAUACGGGAAAGCACACUGAAGCUGCUCCGGGCAAUGUUGUGCCAUGGUGAGUUGCUGCGCCAUGCCAACCUCUCCUGUACCGUGGCGAGCUGGUCAUGGUUGAAUCGGAACAAGUUUCACGUCGUUGCCUUGCUGAUCGAGCAGCAACCGUAUGCACUAGCACUGGAAACUGCUGGCCUACGUGGAGUCCCCGUCACAUGGGGAGACGUACUAGAAGUAUCGCUACAACACAAGCAUCUGCUACCGGGUGGUCAAGCGCUACUGCGCGCACUGUACAGCAAGCAGUCCGAGACAGAUGUCGUGCAGCAGAUUCGGGGGCUGCUAACCAAAGCCAGUAUCGCCGAUUGUAUCUACAUAGUAAGGUACUGGUUACACCUGUUGACAGCGGCGCACCGCGGUCAACUGUAUCAACAGCUUCAACUAGAUUUACCCAUCACGGAUGAAUAUGCAACUGCAGCUAGAAACCGGCCGGCCAAUAGGCUCUUUAUACUUUUCGCAUAUGGGUUUCGCGUACAGUACGAAAAACACAUUCAACUGCCGGAGAUAUUACGGCAGCUGUGCACAGUUGCAGGGCCGAAUAAGACACGUACACAGCUGGAACGGUGCAUGUUGAUGGAGACGUUUGCCCAUCAUGCGAUGGCUGCGCUAGCAGGCGUAUUACUGUGCAAUGGAUCAUUUCAUCCACCGGCGAUGGAGCAGAUAUUGCAGCAAUCUGUCCGCGGCAUCACGCUGCUCACAGCAGGACGUGUCCAGUCUAGCUUGGAUUCCAAAUUCCGGCUUAUCGCUGCCAUCGAGUGUAGGAAGCUGAUGGAAAAGGUGCUGCACGUUUUGCUAGAACUGCAAGGCACCGAAAGUGAUCUGCACACUUUGCACGAUGUAAAGCGGAGCAUCGAUGAAGUGUGUGGUGUCAUCGGUACCGAAACAAACGACACUACGUGCAACCGAACUGUUAUUCCAUAUGGCGUCACACAGGAGCAUGCAAUGAGUCAGCUGGUCACCAAGACGGCAGACCUGUUGAUAGCGCAACAGAUCCAUCGGCACGACUUUUACUACGCUGCCGUUGUUAUAGGGAAACGUAACGGAUCAGGCCAACUAACCACGAUCGUGGACGAGUUAGGCGAGUGGUUGGACGUUUGCCGAGCUUUUCGCGAUCCUAUAAUACCACCAACGAAGCCAAUAUUUGAAAGCCUUUGGACGACGGUGUUGGGUAUCGCAGAACUGGCAAUAAAACUAUUAACCGUGGCUAAGAGUGACAACUGGUGGACUGGCUCUAGUGUGACUAACGAAUACAAUAGCUUGCUCAGGUUGUUGAAGCAUUCACCAGCCUGGAACGCUCAUCUGGGAACGAUCGCCAAUCACCAGAAGCACGAUAGCGGGAAUAAUUUGUACGAAAAGCCGAUAAACGAACUUCGCGAUAAGCUGUGGCAAACGGUGACGUCGUCGGCGAAGUUGCUCGCUAGCUAUGGUAUUUGGCUGUUGCAAUGUUGCCACGCCGAUGCUUACACAGCGAGUACGUUUCAGAAGAUUUUAUACCAAUUAGUGCGGUGUCAGCUCGAAUGCAUUCACCCACGGCAGCUACUAUCUAUCAGCGGCAACCUCGGUCGGUUGCUGCAGUGCGUAGGCAAGACAAAAUUACGCCUACUGUCUUCCAAGCCAUGCAACGAGCGGAAAGUGGCCGAAACGAUCAUCGCAUGCUUCGAAUCGCACGUCAACCAGUUCUUCGCGUACCACUCGUCGGCGGACACGACGCUGGCGUACCGGAAUCACCGGGGAUUCUUCUCGUUCGUCGCUCUGUUCAUCCGCUACGAUCUACAUAGUGGUGUGGCCGGCUCGUUUUGGUACAAAUUUCUUGACGACCGGCUGGGCAUUCCUUCCUCGGAAUGUGCCGCCGAAUGGGGUAACAGAGUGGGUCAGCGGGCAGACCGACUAGUGGGAAAGGUGGGUGCGCUGGAGAUGCAUCUACUCGCCCUGCUUGCCGAGGAUUCGUCGCUGACCGAGGCGAUGCUGGAGCGCGUUGACGAGUUACUGAUACUGGCGCUUGUGCGGACGGGCUCCGCGCGAUGGAUCGAGCGCAAUGCGGCCAUCACGCUGUGGUCCACGCUCGUCACCAAGCUGACUGGGUUGCUACCGACCGACACCACCGAAUCGUUGCUGUGUGAUUGGGUGCCACUGCAGAUGUCACUCGAUAUGCUCGUUUACAAGGUACCGCGUGCCUCGCGCUACAUACUGCUGUCGCUGCAGCAGGUGGCGAAUAGGAUGGAGAACAGAUCGGAAGCAAUGAUUACGGUGGAUGAAUCCUGUACGUUGGUACCGCUACUCUCGUUUCUGGCAAGGGUUGAAUACCGUGGAUACGGCAUUGAGGAUGUACAGAUAUAUGUGGUCGAACUGCGCACAUUGCUGUAUAAGCUAUUGCCGCACAUGAACCAUAUUGUGCGUCAGCAGAUCGCCAUUUGCUUGGCCAAUGCGCACGAUAGUUGUCAACUGGAGACAUUUCUUGUUGACAAUAUUCCGCUACUCUUUGCCGCCGAAAAGGACCAAAACUUCCGGCACGGGAUUUGCCUGGCUCUGCUCGCCGCCGCGCGCAAAUUCAAAGGCCAUCAAUAUUUUCUGCUGGGCCGCCACGCAGGGGAAACUCUCAGUUCAUUUAAAUCGAUAGUGGAAUCACUCUAUAGGCAAGGUAAAGCAAUGGCUGCUGCUCCUCUUCUUCCAUCGAUCACAAACGGACUCUAUCGGAUCAGCCUGGCAGAUCUAUUGCACUACCUAGGUUUCAAUCCUUCCGAUGACGUCGUUCAGGGACUACUCGGAGCAUUUGCCGAAAACGACGGGUGCUGGCGGCUGGGCACACCGGAUUGCACCAUAAAGCAGGAUGCAAUGGACGAUGACUACGACGACGACACCAAUGGCCACGAAGAGGAACUGUGAAGGAAGGUCAAGCUAUCGUGAUGUGAUUUCGAAUAGAUUUACUUGCCACCUUCCGGCGUGCAAACCCGCAAGGAAUUUAAAACACCAGGCUCUUACUGCAAUUGAAUCAAACGCUGGAUACCUUCGAAGUGAUUUGUUAUUAUUGGACCUUUACAUGUAACGAGGACACAACCCUCUACAGCCUUACCUGCAUUCUCCGCGGAGAUGCCAUAAGAUGAUGCUGGAGCGAAAAGCCGCAAUAAAGGGUGAUAUGAACACAGCAGGUACACGAAUGAUUACUUGGUCUGACCUUCUAACGAUGUGAAGGCUAAUAAUACUUUUACUUCCGAAUACAAUUGGUUCGAACCCUGGAGGCUGGUCACAGGAUGUGUGAUGGGUCUGAUCUCACCGAACUGA